AUGUCGACCACAGCGAAAUUUCCAACCGACACUUUGAAUGAUGCAUCUAAUAAAUACAAAUCAAUAAAUAAUUCAUCAAAAACAUUCGAUAAGAAAAAAGAAGAUUCGCAAUCUCUUACUACUAUCAUUAAUCGAAUUCAAACACUAGUUAAAUCAAUAAAGAGACCAGGCGUUCACACUGUCUCCUAUAUGUUUGCUGUUGGUUUUGAAUAUACAGGUAAUGGAGAUACAGCUCGCUGUAAAGACUGCGGACUUGAGGUAUCCAAUUGGACAUUAGAUAUGAAUCCAUUUACUAUUCAUUCAAAACGUCAACCUGAUUGCCCAUUCGUACGCUCUUUACUACCAACUUCAUCAUCAGAUGUGUCUGCGUCUUUUACAUCGCCAACCAUUCCUACUCAAAAUGCAUCUAUAUCAACUGCAGAAGAAAAUACUUCUCAACGUCAAAAAAUAGAACCGAUGGAUUUUCAAUCUGUAUCAAAUACGUUAAUUGAAACUAAUUCACUUCAACAAGUGCGAAGACGUACAUUUUCUCAUUGGCCACAUCGUACUGUUCCAUCAAGUGCACAAAUGAUUGAAGCUGGUUUUUUCUAUUGCAAUGUUUGUGAUCGAGUAAUAUGCAUCUAUUGUAAUCUUGUUUCUCAACAAUGGACACCAUAUACAGAUGAUCCAUGUGAAUUACAUAGAACCCUAUCACCUAAUUGUAUAUAUGUCAGAACAAGAUUGAUGCAUCCCAUAGCUUCAUCAAUAAUUAUUGUCAACGAAGAUUCAACAACAACAACUACAGGAAUUUCUUCAUCAAUAUCAAAUAAUCUCAGUUCAUUACAAUCUAAUGAUAUUGUGUCUAGAGCCUCGUAUAAUGGUGCUUAUUCAGAAAUACCAAAACGUCAUGCAUCAUUUGCUACGUGGCCAAAUGAAGAUUUACCACUAGUGGAUGAUUUGGUUCGAGCAGGAUUUUUCUAUACAGGUACAAAAACCAUUGUUACUUGUUUUUAUUGUAAUGGAUCAUUACAAAAUUGGGGUUCAAAUGAUAAUCCAAUGAUUGAACAUGCUCGUUGGUUUCCAUAUUGUGCGUAUGCUAAACAAUUGUGUGGCAACGAUUUAUAUCAACGUGCUAGAGCUAACAAACUGAGAGAGAGACCAGACUCAUCAAGUGAUCUGACACAUACUAAUGUAACGGCAGAUAGUGGACAAUUAUUAAUACCUGAUGAAAAUACUUUAUCCAGAUUCGUUGCUGCACGAUUAGACUUAUCAAUGUCACAACGUUUAUUGGAUCAAUAUUUUAAAUUAUCUAUUAUUAAACGAUGUUGGGAAGAUCAAUUACGAAUAAAACAUGAUGACUUUGUAUCGGACAGUGAUUUGUAUAUUGCUUGUUUAAUUCUUCGAAAACAAAUCGAACAUAUUGAUGGUAAAAAAGAAAAUAUUGUUAUACCAAGUGUUAAAAUGAAACAGAUCCGAGAACAAAGUAAAACAGAAAUGCGUGAACAAAUAUCAACUAUACAUAGUGCAACUCAAUUCAUACAAAAUCUUACAGAUGUUAGAAUGAAUAUAUCAUUGCAAUCUUUAACAAAUGAAUCUACAUCUUCUCAAUCUUCUAUUAACUCAGCAUCAAAAUCAACAAGCAGUGGUAAUGAACGUGAAACACAAACAAAUAAACAAAUAACUACUGAUAAUGAUCGAAGUCAAUCAACUAAUUCAGAAUCAUCGAAUCUUUGUGUUCUAUGCCUGACAGAAGAAAAACAAUUAGCUUGUAUACCAUGUGGUCAUAUGGCAACAUGUGUUGCAUGUGGUCAUUCACUGCGAUUGUGUCCAAUAUGUCGACAAGAAAUCCACGCAUUUGUUAGAAUUUACAUUUAA